ACUUUAUGUAGGCCUGACAUUGCCGAUUAGAGCGCUACAGUUUAAAACCGGCAGGAUAUAUAGGAGCAGGGAAACGUUCAGUCAGAUCCAGAGGACCAAACGCACCACAACACAGACUUCACCUGUCAGACAUGAGGGUCGUCAGUCUCGGUCCAGACCCAUCGCUGGCUUAUCGGCCAAAUUUGGCGAAGGCUGGAGCUAAAGAGAAGGAAGAAUACAGAAACUUUGAGACAGGAAGUCUGAUCGACCGUGUCUUCAAAACAUACAACUUGAUGCACACCAACCAGACGCUGGACUUUGUGAAACAGAAGUCAUCUGAAUGGACCGGCUGCACACACACUCGGAUGGGAAUGAUGGACGCCAUCAUGUCUCUAGACCAGCUGGUGGACGAGUCCGAUCCUGACGUGGACUUUCCAAACUCCUUCCACGCCUUCCAGACUGCCGAGGGCAUCCGCCAAGUGCACCCAGACAAAGACUGGUUCCAGCUGGUGGGUCUGAUCCACGAUGUUGGGAAGAUCAUGGCUCUCUGGGAUGAACCACAGUGGGCUGUAGUGGGUGACACCUUCCCAGUGGGCUGCAGGUAUCAAAACUCCAUCGUGUUCAGAGACACGACCUUCCUGGAUAACCCAGAUGAAAAAAAUCCCAGCUGCAAUACUGAACAUGGGAUCUAUGAACCAAAGUGUGGGCUGGACAGUGUCUUCAUGUCCUGGGGCCACGAUGAGUAUCUCUACAAAGUUAUGAAGUUCAACAACUGUUCCAUCCCAGAGGAGGGGCUGUACAUGAUUCGCUUCCAUUCGUUCUACCCUUGGCACUCCCACGGAGACUACAUGCACCUGUGCAAUGACAAAGACCUGCGCAUGCUGCCCUGGGUCCAAGAGUUCAACAAAUUUGACUUGUACACAAAGACCACCGAACUGCCGGACAUCGACGAGCUGAAGCCGUACUACCAGUCUCUGAUCGACAAGUACUGUCCGGGAAUACUGAAGUGGUGAAAAACGACAACACAGAAUUCAAACAGCAGCAGAAUUUAGCUGAUUCAGCUCUGCCAGUGAAUGGUUUGACAUGCUGUUGUUUUAUAGUAACACUAACACGCUAUAUUUACACACAUAUAAGGAAUCACUGCGCUUAAAACUACACACAAGAUAACCUAAGUGACUCUGUCUCAUGUAUGCUGUCAAGUUAUUAAAAAUGUCAUGAUUGUUACACAUUUUCAGAUAAAAAAAAACAAAAAAAAAACAAUCUGGAGAAGCAUUUAUAUUUUAAUGUAUUUUAAUGUUAUAAAAAUCAUAUUAAAAGUACUAAAUCUA